AUGGGGAAGAUUAUAUUUUAUGAAGACAACAACUUCCAAGGGAAGUCUCAUGAGUGUUGUGGAGACAAUGCUGACCUGCAUAGCUUCUUUGCUCGGUGCAAUUCCAUUCGGGUUGAGAGCGGCUGUUGGGUGAUUUACGAACGUACCAACUACAUGGGGCAUCAGUAUUACCUGAAGUUGGGCGAAUAUCCUAGUUAUCAAAGCUGGCUUGGUUUCAACGACUCUAUUAGAUCUUGUCACUCAAUUCCCCAACACCAUGGUUCUUAUAGAAUAAGACUCUAUGAUAGAGAAGACUUUCGUGGUCAGACGAAGGAAUACACCAAUGACUGCUCUAACAUCUACGAGAGCUUCCAUGUUCAUGACAUCCUGUCCUGUAAUGUUCUGGAAGGUUAUUGGAUCUUCUAUGAAGAUCCAGGAUUUAAAGGGAAUCAGUACUUCCUAAGGCCUGGGGAGUAUAGGAGAUACAGUAAUUGGGGAUCCAUGAAUUCCAAAGUUGGGUCACUGAGAAGAAUAAUGGACUUUUAUUGA